CGGGCUGGGCCGGCCCAGCAGCAGCGUCAGGGAUAGGCAGGGUGGGGGAGAGCGAUGGCGGCUGGGAGGCCGCGCUGGAGCUUGGCGGCUCCUCUCGCGCUUCUGCUGCUGGGGAUCAGCCUCGCGCUGGCACAAGCCCGGAGCCUGCGCUUCGUUACGCUGUUGUACCGCCACGGGGACCGCUCCCCAGUGAAGGCCUAUCCUCGGGACCCCUAUCAGGAGCGCGCGUGGCCUCAGGGAUUUGGGCAGCUCACCCAGGUUGGGAUGCUACAGCACUGGAAUCUGGGCCAGUUUCUCCGGAAGCGUUACCAUGGAUUCUUGAACGACUCAUAUAACAGGCAGGAGAUCUUCAUUCGCAGCACAGAUUAUGAUCGGACACUGAUGAGUGCAGAGGCCAAUCUGGCAGGACUGUACCCCCCACAAGGACAACAGGUGUUCAACCUCAAUAUUUCCUGGCAGCCAAUCCCUGUACACACUGUGCCUGACUCUGGGGAGAAGUUGCUGAAGUUCCCAUUAUCCCCUUGCCCGCGAUAUGAACAGCUACAGAAUGAAACCCGGCAGUCAGCAGAGUACAUAAAUAAAACCAGACAGAAUUUGGAGUUCCUGGAGAUGGUGGCAAAUCGGACAGGGAUCCAAGAUGUGUCCCUGGAGUCUGUCUGGAGUAUAUACGACACACUUUUUUGUGAGCAAACACAUAAGCUGACACUGCCACACUGGGUGACCCCAGAUACCAUGACUCGGUUGAAGCAAAUAAAAGACUUUGGCUUUGAAUUCCUGUUUGGGAUCCACCAGCAGAAGGAGAAAGCUCGCCUGCAGGGUGGGGUUCUGCUGGCUCAGAUAAGGAAAAACCUGACCUCUGCAGCAAAUGCCUCUGCACCCCAGCAUCUGAAAUUACUUGCCUACUCAGCACACGACACAACACUUGUGGCACUGCAGAUGGCUCUGAAUGUCUACAAUGGGAAGCAAGCGCCAUAUGCCUCAUGUCACAUAUUUGAGCUGUACCAAGAUGAUGAUAGUAACUUUUCCGUGGAGAUGUUUUUCCACAAUGAGAGUGGAAGGGAGCCUUUUCCACUGACAUUACCUGGCUGUGCCCAGCGCUGCCCCUUGCUGGAUUUCCUGCGUCUCACUGAUCCUAUCAUUCCCCAGGAUUGGGCACGUGAAUGCCAGGUAGCAAGCACUGUACAGGACACAGAACUGAUUGUGGCUCUGGCUGUCUGUGGAUCCAUCCUCUUCCUCCUCAUAAUCCUCCUCCUGACUGUCCUUUUGCGUAUACAGUCACAGCCACCUGGCUACCGGCAUGUUUCUAAUGAGGGAGAAGAGCAGCCCUGACAAUUGCUCUGACCCCUGCCUAGGCAGCAUGAUGGAGCAGUGCUACCCCUGGGAGUGGUUGGGUUGUCCUUCAGUCACCGAGCAUUCUUCUGCUGUGACCAGCUUCUGUCUGGCAUGCAUUGGACUCUUGAUUUGGGAUCUGAUAUGACCAGCCUCUGGCUGCUUCUUAUAUGAUAUGUGACAUUUGGGGUGAAAUCCUAGGGUGUCUGGAGCAGGAUGGGCUAACUUAGAUUGCCCCCUUGAGGCGAGUAUGCUGUGUGGAAUGCCUGUUCCUAAUAUGUGACAAAGCUGGGGCUUCCUUCCACCUGGCACAGUCAUCUGCUCUUCAUGAAUAUUAAUGGUUAUAAUUCUACCAAUUAUCUUAGCAGCAGCAAAGAGGACAGGGAAUCUCUCCGAGUAGGUGCCCUCAGCUGAUUGGUUACAUUAUGGUUCAAAUGAUUUCAUUUCGGUGUGAUUCCCAGUCUGAUUUGAGCACUUUGUUCUGGGCCAUUGGGCUGAUUACUGUGCGAAGGCUGGACCUGGACCACAGCCCCCCAACACAUACCAGCUGGGUAGUAGCUGAAUCCUCAUCUACUUUCCAAGAAAAUGUAGUUGCUGGAGAUCACUGGCUGGUUGCAUAAAAGGUUUUGCGGGAGGGUGUUCUCCACUACUGAAUUGCUCCUGGCACCUAGCCACUCCUUCCCAAUUCUUUCUGACUGGAAAGAAGGGCCUUAAGUCCAGGUAGGAUUGUAAACCUGCCUUUGAACCCAGCCCAUGGGUAGGUUGAAGAAGUUCCAGGUAUCAGUGGACUUUGUUAUAUGGAUUAGCCAAUAUGAUACCCAAUUUCUGAUCCUUCAGCUUUAUCAUGCACCUAGGCUGUUGUGCAAUGCUGUACAAAGUAGAAUGCACCUUACCUGCUCCCUGAACUUUAAUUGCAUUCAUACUCCUAAUUUGUGGAGCUAUAAUUGGGUGUGGUUAUGAAAUUGUGGAUCUCUCUCUAAACUUACAGCCUUUUGUUCUGACCUCCCCGUGUUGUGAUUGCCCAAGGCUGCCUAUAGCUACAGACCCUGUACUACACGAUGGGGACAGAUGUGGACUGUGAGCCAAGGAAGUGUGCAUGGCAGGCAGAAAAUGUUACAGUGCAGCAAAAGACUAUGUAGCAAAACUGGGACAGGAGGCAAACUUGCUGGUUUUUCAUAAUCCCCCACUAUUGGUGUAUUUUAAAAAACAAAUGCUCAACUUAAUGGCUGGGACAUUUAAGUGACCCUGUAUCCCUGUUCACCUGUCAGGAUGAAACACCUGGAUCUUCUAAAAGGUGACUUUUUCUUAGGCCAACUGAGUAGAGGUUGCAGGCAUUGCCUUGCAGACUACAGCUGGUAUGGGGACUACUGAUGCCUACCAGUCAUCAACUUCUGCCCUCCGCUUUCUCCACUAUAGUUUCUGAUGAAGAGUGAGAUUGCAGCAGGCACCAGAAGCUGACUUGUCAUAGGGUGAUGCUGCACAUUCACUUCCCAGUUUUAGUUCCUUUUUCUGGUCGCCUUCCCUUCCCUUCCUGGCAGCAGAGGCUACUAGGAGGCUUCCUUUUCUUUCCCUCCACUUCUUCUUGGGGAUUUUUAUGAGCUGCUACCAGCAUGGGAAAUUUAACUGGCAGCAGAAGCAGCCUGCUGCUCUCAGCAACUGCCUCACCUGUUUCUGACUUGGAGAUACAUCUUAGUUCUCUUAAGCCAAACACAGUUUCAAAGAACAAGCAGCUGCUCCUCAGCACAGGACUGAAAGGGAAAGGUACAAGGCAGUGUCUUCACAGGGGCCUGUGUAGCAGAAGGAGGGGCUAUUUUUAAAAGCAGCAGAUUUUGCACACAUGGAGGAAAGGCAUCUAUCGUGAUUUAGACCUUCUGUCUGAAUGAGUUUCUGUAAUUGUUUUGUUACCUCUUGCCUUUUCUUCAUUAAAAUCAAAUUGAGACCAG